AGAGAGAGGUGGAGCAUGGCAGCUGAAACAAUAUUCUUCCGAGUGCUGAAGAUCCAGACACAGGAUUCUUCCUAUCUGCACUGUACUGUCAUCCAGAUGCUGGGAACUUUGUAUAUACAUGACAAGGGGAAAGACAAAAGAAAUCUCAGCACCAUCAACAUUGCCUGAAGAUCUUGAGCCUUGAGACUGAGUGUAUGCCUGGAGAUGCACAAACUUCAUACUUGUAUGAAUUGUACUAGCUUGUUGUAAAGCUGUACACAGCAGAGAGCUGACAGCAGCUCACAUUUACAGCUGCCAGAGCUUGAGGGGGUCAUCUGAGGGGCUGCACUAUAUAGACUGUGUAUAAGCAUUUUAUAAAGAUUUCUCUUUGGUCACUGUAUUUGGAGAGAGAAGACCAGUUUCCAUAUUUUGCAGAAGCUGGAGGAUUUCCAGGCAGCUCUGUUCUGAUACUCUUCACCCUGACUAAGCUGUAAGCCAUGAUAAAGACAGUUUCCAGUGGAAGAUGCACACUUAGUGUCCCAGCAAAGAACUCUUAUCGUAUGGUAGUCCUUGGUGCUUCGAGGGUGGGCAAAAGUUCCAUUGUUUCACGAUUCUUAAAUGGACGCUUCGAUGACCAGUAUACACCAACAAUUGAAGAUUUCCACCGCAAACUAUAUAAUAUAAGAGGUGAUAUGUACCAAUUGGACAUUUUAGACACAUCUGGCAAUCAUCCCUUUCCUGCUAUGAGAAGACUCUCUAUCUUGACAGGUGACGUGUUCAUACUCGUCUUCAGCAUAGACAGCAAAGACUCAUUUGAUGAAGUAAAGAGGCUGAGAAAACAAAUCCUUGAAAUAAAAUCAUGUGUGAAGAAUAAAACAAAAGAAACUGGAGAGUUUCCCAUGAUGAUCUGUGGAAACAAAACUGAUUGCGGGGAACACCACCGCAAGGUACGAGCUGAAGAGGCAGAGCGUCUUGUUUCUGGGGAUGAAAAUUGUGCUUGCUUUGAGAUCUCAGCCAAGAAAAACCUAAAUGUGGAUAAAAUGUUCCAAGUUCUUUUCAGUAUGGCCAAGCUUCCUAAUGAAAUGAGUCCUGCUCUUCAUCGUAAAAUUUCAAUGCAGUAUGGAGAUUCCUUUCAGCAGAAGUCUUUUAGGCUAAGAAGGCUAAAGGAAAUGGAUGCAUAUGGCAUGGUCUCCCCAUCUGCUAGACGGCCUAGUGUCAAUAGUGAUCUCAAAUAUAUAAAGGCAAAAGUGCUUGGAGAAGGUCAAGGACGUGACAGAGAGAAGUGCACUAUUCAGUGAGAGAUUUAUGAAUUACACCUGUGAUGCUGCAAAGGGAAUGGUGGAACACCUGAGCU